UCUUUAACAAGUGUUUCUGAAUCAAAGGCAUUCACUACACGGGAAACUUUAUUACUGGACAGAGUUUACAACACAGCAGUCUGGUUUCAUUUCAUGACUGCUGGUGAGGAGGACUGUUCAGGUUUCAGGGGGUUCAGUUUGCUUCGGAUCUUGUAAAUAAUUUUGAAGAUGGACCAGAGCAAUCACACUCUGUUUGAUCCCAGAUGCAGGGAACAGGCUCCCUUUGCAAUCGAUGUUAUUAUGCAGUUGGACAUCUUUGGCAUAGUUCUGUUGUCUGUGCUGACCUUUAUGGCCACGGUCUCCAUGCUGAUUUUUAUUGAAGAAUGCAUCUAUAUCUAUAAAAAAGUGCCUGCAAACAAGAAAAGUGUAAUCAUCUGGGUAACUGGAGCAGCACCGGUCAUUAGCACUAUGUCUUGUUUGGGCAUGUGGAUUCCAAGGGCCACGAUGUUCUGCGACAUGACAUCAAAUACAUAUUUUGCAGUUGUGAUCUUUAAGUUCCUGAUUCUUAUGAUUGAAGAGGUCGGAGGGGACGAUGCGUUCCUGAACCGAUCUGAGAAAAAGACUUUGAGGAUCAGCACGGGACCCUGCUGCUGUUGCUGCCCAUGCUUGCCAAGCCCUGCUGUGACAAAGCGAAAUCUGUUCAUAUUGAAAUUAGGGUCCUUCCAGUUUGCUUUGUUAAAAUUGGUCUUGACCAUCUUCUCUAUAGUGCUUUGGACCAAUGGCAACUUUGAUCCAGCUGAUGUGGCUAUAAAUGGAGGAGCCAUAUGGAUAAACUCAUUUUUAGGAUUUCUUACAAUUGUUGCACUUUGGCCUGUUGCAAUCAUUUUCAUGCAUUUAAGAGAGUCGUUACGUGUCCUUAAAAUCAUCCCUAAAUAUUCCAUGUAUCAGAUGGUGCUGAUUCUCAGUCAGUUGCAGACAGCCAUCAUCAACAUACUGGCAAUGAAUGGCACUAUCGCCUGCGCGCCACCCUAUACUUCUCAGUUCCGUGGAUAUUUGAUGAGUCAACAACUGUUAAUCGUGGAAAUGUUCAUCAUCACAUUAGUCACUCGCCUUUUAUACAGACGUCAAUAUGAUCCCAUACCAGAAGAGGAUGGUGACGAGGAGAUGAAAAAGGGAUUUACUUCGGAAAAACCUGUGAAUUUGGCCUGAAAGGAACAGACUGUUGUGUGUGAAUGAGAUGUGUGUUUUCUUUAUAAUGGAUGUUUGUGUGGUUAUGUCUCAUAUAUCAUUAAAUCUAUUUUAUUGACGUUACUGUACAUUAGUGGAUGACAGAAUUUGAGUCUAGACUGAACCGUGACUUUAUAAUAAACACAAAUGAUCAACUUUUUAUAACUAUAAAGUGAACAACAUCUGGAUAUUGGCAAGAGUGGCAGACAAUUUAGUUAGUUUGUUUUAAAGUUUAUGUUUUUCAAGAAUUUUUGUUGAAAGGGACCACAAAGCAUCAAUGUAUGUGGCUUAUUCAUAGGCUACAGGAAGACUUUUGUUAUAUUUCCAUAUUGUACUAGAGAUAUUAUACUUUUUAAAAUACUCAAUAUUCAUGUAGCUCAACUACGUGUAUGGAGAAGGUAAUUUAGGCUACAGUAUUUUUUCUAUUUUCUUGUUAACUGUGUUUACAUUAGUAAAAAGGCAUCGUUUGUUUGAUGUAACAUAGUGUGUUGAUGAGUAAGAAUAAUAUAUAUUUUUCUUAGUCUUAUGGCUUGCUCCAACACACCUGAACCAGAACCA